AUGACUUACACGCUCCUCUACCUCGAAAGUUACUUGGCAUUGAGUGAAGAGACCCAGUCCCCAAAUGCGGGGUCUGAGGACAGGAAGGGGCAAAACCCCAACCCCUCUUCCCGCUGCACAGAGGCGCGCGCCUCCCCAAAGGGCAGGGCGCGCGGCCGCCCCCGGGGUCCAGCCCUUCGGUGCCUCCUCCUGGCCCCCAGUCCGGCGCGGGCCCUGGGCCGCUCCGCGGAGGUGGCCUGGAAAGGAACGCGCACUGCCGGGCCCAGCCAGGGGGUGCCGGGGCCGGGGCCACACUCGCCUCCAGCAUCCCCGACCAUCGCGACAUUGGCUCCGGGCAACCCCAGUGCAUACACACCCGGGGGCAGGAAGUUUUUCCCCCCUUUUUCCCCCUGGAGUAGCGCAGGCGCAAGGGCUCCUGCAUGCAGCCUUGCGAGUCCAGACGCGGGAGGCUCCUACCGCCGCCGCCGCGGCCGCCGCGGGAGCCGAGCCCAGCGUUCCGGGUUCUCGGGCCCCGCUCCCAAGCCCGGCCCGGCCCCGCGCAGCCGCCAGGACCCGGGGUCCCCGGCGCCGCAUCCUUGGCGCCCCAGCCUGGCUCUUACCUCUGGCUGCGCCGCUCCGGCCCCGGCCCGACGCCCAGAGAGCCGGGGGUCGCGGGUGGGCGCUGGAGGGCUGAUGGAUAGGGGACGGCGCCGGCGGGUAGCGGUAGCUGGGGCCGCUCCGGUCCUGGCCGGGAGAAACGGAUCCAGGUCCACCUCCUCGCGUUCCUGCUCUCCGCCUUCUCCCCCCUUUCCUUCUCCUCCUCCUCCUCCGCCGCCGCCUCCCGGCAGCCCAGGGAGGAUGCCCGGGAGAGGGAAGUCAGUCCUUCUGCCUGUCAGCCUGUGCGGCUACGCGCGGCGCGGCUCUCACCGAGGCGGCGGCGGCGGCGGCGGCUCCGGCAGCAUCGCCCCCGCCCUCUCCCCGCAGCCGCGGCGGGCCGCGGGGCUGGGGCUGCUCCGGGCUCGGGCUCCGGGCGGGGGCUGCGCUCAGGCGCGGCAGCCGCCGGGGCUGCGGGCGGGCGCUGCGGAGCCGGGGCCGGGGCUGGAGCUGCAGCUAGAUCCGCGGCGGCGGGGACGGCGGCGGCGGCGCGGGGGCUGGCGCGGCCGCGGCGCGGGGACCAUGCUCCCUUCUGGCUCGCUCCGCUCCGGGUACCGUCUUCUUUAG